CAGGAGCACCAGGCAGGCGGCAGCAUCCUACAAGUUGGUGGCAACUCCCGCUGCUCUUCUCAGAAUGGGCUGCCCAGGAGGGACGACCCUGUCUUUCUUCCUUGUUUUUGUGCCUGUCUACCUGCAUGGAGCUUGGUCGCAGGAAGCCGGCCCUACAGGGCAAAGAAAACCGUUUUUCGAGAGGCUCCGCAGACUGGAGGAACAGUUCCGGAGGUUCCAGGAGGUGACCUUAACACACCUGCAGGCCAUCGCCAGCAACUACAACCUGUCCUACAACAUCGAUGCCCGGUUCCAGAGCUUGGCCCAGGAGAGCCAGGCCUUGGCUCUGGCGGUCAACCAGUCGCAGGCCACUGUGCAGGGCGACCUGGGCCACCUCAAGACCUGGAUUCGGAAGACACAACGCAGAAGCCGGAAGGUGGACUCCAGGCUGCUGGCCUUGGGUGUCGCCCUGCGGGAGAGGAGCCAGCAGCUCACCCGGGAGAGGAAGGAGCAGGCAGCGCAGAGGGAGGCACUGUCUAGCCUGGCCCUGGACAUGCGAGCCCUGCAGGACACGCUGGCUCGCCUGACAGGCGUUGUCCAGAGCCAGGGCGCCAGGCUGGAUGCUCUCAAGGAGUGGCUUCCAGUGGCUUGCCCUGGCACCGCAGCCCCUGCCCGGCCUGGGCUGCCAAGCCAAAGCUCCCUGAAGCUGCAGGCGGACAGGCAGGUGCUCAGAACUUCGCCGGAGCCCCUGGGCCCACCUCGGGAUUUUGCUGGCCGUCUCCAGGGGACACGGGAGCCGCCAGGCCCAGGCAGCCCGUGGGCAUGGCGCCCUGAGAGACUGGGAGAGAUCUGCAACGUGGGCCCUGCACUCGUCUUCCCAAACACGUCCACGGAGAACGCGGUCUUCCUGAGCCCCGGCUUCCUCUCAGGCCUGCGGGCCCUGUCUGUCUGCAGCUGGGUCCGAACAGCCUCGGGCCACCUGGGCACCCUCCUCUCCUACGCCACCGCGGAGAAUGAUAACAAGCUGGUGUUGCACGGCCGGGACUCGCUGGCCCCCGGCUCCAUCCACUUUGUGAUCGGAGACCCGGCCUUCAGGGAGCUGCCUCUGCAGCCGCUGCUGGAUGGCCAGUGGCACCAUGUGUGUGUCAUCUGGACUUCCCUCCUGGGCAGGUACUGGCUCCACGUGGACCGCAGGCUGGUCGCCACCGGCUCCCGCUUCAGGGAGGGCUAUGAGAUCCCUCCCGGAGGGUCCCUGGUGCUGGGCCAGGAGCAAGACAGCAUGGGGGGUGGGUUUGAUGGCUCCGAGGCCUUCGUGGGGAGCAUGGCUGGCCUAGCCAUCUGGGACCGUGCGCUGGUCCCCGGGGAAGUCUCACACCUUGCCACGGGGAAGGAGCUCCCGCCGGGCGCCAUCCUCACACUGGCCAAUGCCGCCUUGAUAGGCGGCUUUGUGCAGAGGGUGAACUGCACCUGCCUAGAGCUCUGCCCGUGAGGUGUCACCCCCCGGGAGCUGUGGUCAUGCUCUGGGCUGGCAAGAGGAGCAAGUCUCCAGCUGUGCUCAGCCAUCCCUGGCCCCAGCACACUCCACGGAGGGUCCCCACCCAGACUGGGGAGCGAGGGGCAGGAUGCUGCCACUGGGCCAGGCACACCUGGCGUCUAACGUAGAAUGUGGGCAUUCCAUGGGUGGGGAGACAAAGAACCCGGGCGGGGCAGAGAGGGCAGCGGCCAAGACAUGAGUCAGGUUCCCUCAGAAUCGCAUUCUUUCCCUGGCGGCAGUGUCCUUGCAGUUGCCCUCUCUGUGGUAUGCCAUCAUUUUAACAGACCGGGCCAGGCCGAUGGGAGUGCUGGACCCCCACGGGGCCUCUCCUCGGGGCGUGGGGCCGCUCCCAUUACAGGCUUCUUCUGUGAGAACUGUUUUCCCAGAAACUGCAUAGGCAGCCUGGGAACUGUCACCGCAGCCUCUCAGGGUGGCUAUGGAAGUUUCCCUUUCGUGGUCCUUGUUCCAAAGUCUCAUGAAAAGGGCCAGAGAAUUCAUUUCCUGGCCCCCAACACCACCGCCCCCCACUCCCUGGGAGUCCUGGGGGUUCCCUCAAGGUCCUGUGAUGGCUGUUGAGGUUACCUAAGCCUCUAGGAGAGCGGCCCUGCAAGGAGCACAGUCUAUUCAGAAAUAAACAUUCACGAUGGACAGGAAAUGCUUUUUUUUUUUAAUAUAUACUUUAUUGAUUUUUUUACAGAGAGGAAGAGAGAGGGAUAGAGUUAGAAACAUCGAAGAGAGAGAAACAUCGAUCAGCUGCCUCUUGCACACCCCCUACUGGGGAUGUGCCCGCAACCAAGGUACAUGCCCUUGACCGGAAUCGAACCUGGGACCUUUCAGUCCCCAGGCUGACGCUCUAUCCACUGAGCCAAACAGGCCAGGGCAGGAAAUGCUUUUAAAGCAACUGUAUUGGGGUAGAAUCACAUCCUAUAAAAGUCACUAAUUUUAAGCGUACAGUUCAAAGAUAGUUAGUAAAUUUGCCAAAUUCUGCAAUCAUCCCCACAAUCCAGUUUUAGAACAUUUCUGUGGCCCCCACCCCUGAAAAAAUCAUGCCAAUUAAUGGUCACUCCUGUCUCUACCCAGCCCCUUGCCCCAGCUCUGGCAACCCCUGGUGUGCUUCUGCGUCUGUGGGUUUGCCUGUUCUGGACAUUUCAAGUCAAUGGAGUCAUGCAGAGGUUGUCCUGUUGAGUCUGGCCUCUUUCACUCAGCAAACGUUCUCCAGGUUCAUUCAUCUUGUAGUGCGUGUGUCAGUGCUUCCUUCCCUCCUGUGGCUCAAUAACAUUCUCUUGUAUUGGGCCAAUUUUGCUUAUCCGUUCAGCAAUUGAUGGGUAUUUGGAUUGUUUCCAGUUUGGGGCUAUUGUGAAUAAAGCUGCUAUAUACGU